AUGUUAUUUCAAAACAACUAAAAAUGUUAUUUUAUUAAUUAAUACACUCACCAUCAAUAACUUUCAAAACCAUUUGAUUACUAUAUAUAUACAUUUAGAUAUCAUGGUAAGAGGAGAAAAAAAAUCAAAGAAUAAGUAAAAAAUUAAUUAUACAGAAUGGACACUAAGACAAUUUUUAUGGCAUUUUUCAUAAUCAACACUUUAGAGUCAUGUGUGUAUCCAUGUUUAGGCCAAGAAGAUGUUGACGAUAAACCACUAAUCAGUCCCGGUGAGUUUGAUACAUUGGAUGUGUUAUCGCCGGCUUCACAAGAGUACAAUAUUUAUAUGUUAGAGAACCUCCCACCAAAAUACAAAACGUAUCUCGGAACAUGCGCUGAUAAGAUGGGGCCCAGUGGCAUUUCGGAAUGUAAUGAAGAUGUUCUUAGAGAGAUUCUUACAAACAAACCUGUUUCAAGAGAAUGUUGUUUGAUGGUAGUAAGAGCUGGAAAAGAAUGCUACAUGAAGAUUAGAAAGUUCAUGUUUCAAUUGUAUCAACUAAAACGCUUUGCUUCUCAAGUUUCUUUCAAAACUAAUGAGGUUUGGAAUAGAUGUUCUGCUGAAGUUGAAAGUCCUUCAUCUUCUCACGACCACAUGAUUUAGUUAUCUUGAUUGAAUCUUUUGUUAUAUUAUAUGAUGUAUUAUGAAAUAAUGGUUUGUUAUAUUAUUCUAACUAUAUAAAAUAAAAUAAAACAUUCACCAGCUUA